GCCCUCUACCGGUCAGACUCGGCACUGACCCCUCCGUCUGCCUUUCUUCGCGCCUUACACUCGCUGCUGCUUUCGCCCACAAACAGUGUCGCUGCUUUCGGACUGACGAAAUAAAGAAAUGGUGAAAAUAUCUGUUCUGAAGGUGGAGAACCCAUCGUGUCUCUGGGGUGCCAUUUGGGGUCUCAGCGGCGAUGUGGAGACUUCAGAACAUUACAAAAAGCUACAUUUUCAGAUGAACCUCUUCUACCGCGACACCACGCAGGACGUGUGCACGCUAAAGCCUACGUCGUUGGAGGAAGGACGGGUGUAUGUGGUGUACUGGGCGGUAAAGAAGUCGUGGUUUCGGGCCGUGGUGGAGUCGAUCUUCGUGGACUCGGUUUCCUGUCAAGCUUGUUGCUUUCUGGUCGACCACGGAGAGCAAGUCGUCGUCCCCUCAGAGCAGAUUCGGGUGGCAAUGGAAAACUUCCUUCAGCUGCCUUUCUGGGUGCAAAAGUUCCACCUGGCGGGAAUCAAACCAACAACCCUGCGAGUGUCUCUGCUUGAGGAGAAGGCAGAGCUCAAACCGUCGGCUCGGUGGGACAGCUCUGCCACGCUCUUCCUGCACAAGCUGCUGCAAGCAUCGACCCUAAAGGAGGCCGUGCUGCUUGAACCUGAGUCAGACUCUACCCCUAUCAAGCUUUACGUGACUGUUGGUGACAUCAAGAUCUGUGUGAAUGACGACUUGGUGGCGAAGAGGUUUGCCUACUACAGCACAAAAUCAGGCGACGGCCUGGAGGAGGGAGACCGACUUCCUGCGAUGCUGUCCUACAGCAUCUUAACCCAGAGCGUCUCCCCCAAGCCGACAGCACAAACCCAACCGCCUCCCGAUCAGCAGAGUCUGGUUGAAGCUGGGGGGGCAGCUGAUUGGCUUACAGCUCCUUCCCUGCUUCCUCAGAUUGUACAACACAAGCUGAUGAAGGCUGGAGGUGAACAUUGGUCAGUGGUCACAAAACAACAGCUGUCUCCAAACAGCCAGUCAGGGAGCGGCUCAGACGCAGCUGAGAGCAGCUCGUCAGACGACGCAGACUCGUCUCUGGCUGCAGCCCUCACAAAAAACCAUCAGCUGUUCAGGUUUCUACAGUUUAUGAAGCCGGGCAGCAGUUCCGAGCUGGCAGCUCCCCAGGAAGCUGAGGUGUUGCCUCUGAUGAGUGAGAAACCAGGAGCUGAGAAUCUUCAGAGCUGUCAGGCUGAAUCUUUGGUGGAUGAAGAGGCAAGCAGCUCCAGCACAUCUGUCGCCUCGGCUCCAGCAGAGGAGACCCAGCGCAGUGAGAAGGACUGGGCCUGUGCACGCCUGUUGGAGUUGUUGAAUCCACAGGCUCUGAACCCCGAUCCCGACGCCCAAGACGCUGUGGUUUCUCCCCUCGACCCCUGCCGGAGUGGGAUUCUGGUGCACGCUACCUUCCCAGCAGAGCCGUGGAUUAGUGUGAAUGACCCCGCCAUCGCAGACACCCUCUGCUGGGUGCAGCGGAAGCAGUACAGCACCUUGUCUCCAGCUGACUGUUACAGCUGGCCAGCUGUGGCUCGAGGAUACCAUACCCUUGUUAUCUCCAGCAGCGCAGACCAGCCGCUCAGCUACCUUACCCCACUCCUUACCCACAUUAUGCUGAACUCCAUCUUCACUUCCCACACCUCCAGCUCAGGGCCCAUAGCUGUGCUGCUGUGUCCCGGUUGGGAGAAGGUCCAAGCUGUAUAUGACCUCCUGGGGGUGAGUAAGGUCUCCCAAAAGCUCUACCCCACAACUGUGCUGCUGGGCAUCAACAAGGACGAGGCUAAGAGUGUCAAGAUCCCCAAAAACUGCCUGCUGUUGGUGACCACUCCUUUCAGUCUGGUCCGUCUGCUGUCCUGCCACUGCUUCCUCUUCCUGCGGCUGUGCCACCUGGUGCUGGACGAAGCUGACCAGCUCUUCAGUCUGGCUCCAGAUGAGAUGACGACCAUCUUGCAGCACUUCCAGGUCACCUCUGACAAGGAAAGUGAUUCCUGUCCUCCACAGCUGAUUGUUGUAGCCAAAAGAUGGACAAAUCACAUGGAGGGUUUGUUAUCCACUUACAUGCCAUGCCCCAGCAUCGUCAUAAGCGUUCCUGAGGAAGCCGCUCUCUAUGGUAAUGUUCAGCAGGUCAUCCUCAUGACUCUGGAUAUCAGUAAGAUCUCAGUCCUGUUGGGAACGCUUGGCUUCAGCCCCGACGUCGGACAGAAGACGCUGAUCGUAGCAAACUCCUUUCAGGAGGUCGAAGAUGUGUUCAAGGCUGUGAGCACCAGGUCAGUUUUCUGCCUCAAGAUCCACGAGGGGUUAACUCACGACAUGGACUUUGUGCUCGAGCAGUGGAAGAAGGACAUCGGCCCCGGCACUCACGUUAUUCUCGUAACCACCGACGAUUGUCUCAAGGGUCUGGAUAUCAGAGAUGCGACCUGCGUCGUCCAUUACAGUUUCCCCUCCUCUCCUAAGCUCUUUGGCAGCCGACUCUUCUGCAUGGCUGAAAACUUCAGGAACUUCUCAAAACGAGAUCAAACGAGCAGCAGCUCAGCCGUUACCAGGUCGGUGCUGCUGAUCUCAGAAAGGAACGCCCGCCACGUCAUUGGGAUUCUGCGCUACCUGGAAAGGGCAAAUGCCCUGCUGCCCCCCGAGCUGCUGACCUUCGCACAGGGGGUACAAAUGGCACGCGAGGACCAGAAAACAGACCGCCCCCUCUGCAGCUACCUGAAGAGUUUUGGCGUGUGCAGAAACAAUGGCAUUUGUCCUGAACGCCACCGCGUCGUCUCACAGCUGGAUCAGUCCAAACUGCCGGCAUCUGGAGUCAUAGAAGUUGUACCGCUCUACAUAAAGACAGCGUCAACCUUCUACGGCCGUAUCGUUGAGGAGGAGGACGGGGGCUUUGAGAAAAUGGCCUCUGAGAUGGCUUCGUACUACGCAGAGAAGAAGCUUGGAGCCAAGAAGCUGUUGGAAGGAGGACUGUACGCUGUGCAGGAGGACGAUGUCUUCCACAGGGUGAAGCUCCUCUCUGUGCCCGACAGAGGCGGCCGGCUGUUUUUCAGCGUAGUUGCUUGCUUCAUUGACAUGGGAAAGGAGGAGGAGGUGAAAUCCUAUCAGAUCCUCGAGCUGCCGGAGCAGUUUCACUCUCUGCCUGGACAGGCCGUAGAGAUCGUUGUCUGCCGGGUCAAACCAAUUGAUUCUGAGACCAGCUGGCACCCCAAGGUUACCAGAGCCAUCAGCCAGAAGAUCCGCGGACUUCAGCAUCGAGCUAGAGUAGUUCUCAGCCUGGGAAACACAGUUUUUGUUGAUCCAAUGGUUCGGGUCACCCAGAUUCCAGGAAUGAAAACUGUCAUCAAUGAAUACAACGUCCAGGCGGAGAUCCUGAAGACCCGGAUGGGAAUCAGGAACCCGGAGCAUGUGGACCUGCUGAGGGCGCUGUGUGAGGAGAACAGCAGCAGCAAGGAUGAAGGUCACAUGUCCAGGCUUGGAGAUAAUAUUACAUCUCUGAAGGAUGUCAGGAUUACAGCUGAGGAAGAAGUUCUGGCCAACAACCUCAAGGCUCCAGACCUUUCUCCACUAGAGCCAAUGAGGUCAGGAAACCAGUCCCUGGUCCCAGCACCUACAGACCACCUGGUCCCAGUGUGUGAUCAGAACUCCCAGUCAGAGAGUGAGGGUGGUUUUGGACAAAGAAGCACUGAUAAGAAGCCAGCUGAGCAGAUGGAGAGUGGCAGCGUGAACGGUCGGUUCUACAGAGCUGACCUGGAGCUUCGCUACGAAAUCGCAGCUGACGUUUGCUGCUGGGAAAUGAAAUCCAAUGAACCAGUUCUCAAACUGGUCAAGCAGCAGCCGGGAAUCUGGGACAAACUCCUCAGAAACAAGAAUAUAUUUGUGAGUUAUGACAUGGAGCACUUUGAGGGUGAGGAAGAGGACGGAGUGCCAAAUGGUCAGUGGUUUGUGGAGAACACGGGUGAAGAUGACUGGUACAGGAACUCGGAGAGCAGCAGUGAGAGCGACGACUUUAUAUAA